AGGCCUCGCGUGAACGUGAAAGAAGACAGAACAGUCGUUUCGCGUCGUGGGAAACGAAAGGAAGGAAAUCGACACGGCGUGGUAUAUUGAUAAUUCCACGACUCACCCGUGAACGAGUGCCAAAUAGCACGUUCAGCUCGACGAUGUCGAUGGCGAGUGACGACACUAUCGGCACCGAUCGGCAACACCGACGUCCGGAAUGCUCGUGAUUUAUAAAAGAGAACGGCGCGGGUGUACUUUACGAAACUCAAGCAGCACAACAUUGACGACGGAUCAUCGAGGACACGCUGUCGAAAGCGGCCGCACGUGACUGUUUCCUAUCACUACUAUUGGCCGAUCCGUGCGAUAGGCGACGAACCGGUCGAUAGGCAUCCUCGGGAAUUCCUCGCCUGUCCGAGGAGUAGACGCCGGAGUUGACAGUGUCAACUCAGCCUGGCCGAGUUUUGUCGUCGUUACCACGCGACUACCGCACUUCGUUCUUACCCUUUAUGACCUGGCCAGGCUGACGGAAUGCUGGAACCGGAAGUGGAAGCCGCGAUUAUUAAUCUGCGACGGGGAACUAGCUUGAGGAUACCGUCAAUUACUGCCGAAGAGAACGAGCUGGGCUUGCGUCGCGGCGGUUCCCUGAAGAUUCCACGGGCGAGCGACGAGGACCAGGUCGCGCGGGAGCGCCUGACGAGCACGAGAUCGUCGCCGUCGUCGACGCUGUCGCUGUCGACGUCGUCCUCGUCAGCCGGGUCCUGGUCGGCUGACAGAUGCGCCGGUGGCGGAUGCGAGAACAACAGAUCGUUCCGGUCCUCCAGGCGAUACGUACCUGAAGCUGCGAGUGACGCACCUGCGCCGGAGUACCUCGCCAGGAGCCUCCUGCAGCUUGGAUGUCCUGCCGUGUCGAUGCCCACACCUCGCGGCGGUGUCGGGUCGGAGCAGCCGCCGAGCAGUGACAGCGAUGACUAUACCACCGGCCAUCACCGGCUGCAAGGUCAAGCGGGUAGUUAUGGACAGAACCUGGACGGUUACACCGUGCCCAAGGUCCAGGUGUCGGGCCCAUCUAACGCCGAUGAAUCCGCUUCCAUCAUCAAUGGGUCUGCGGGGUCCAUAGGCGCACGCUCGGCACCCAGCACACCCCUGCAAGCCGCCCCCGAUCCACCGCAGGCCGGGGGCCAACAAUCGAUCAGCGGGUCCCAACUCACCGUGGCUGGCGCUAGCUAUCCUCCACCUCCGAGGAGCCCUAGUCACGCGGCCUUGAGAUGUAACGACAGUCACCUUUCGAAGCCACUGAGUAGGAGUACACCAUCGAUGGCAGCUGGCGGCGCGCAAACUCCAGCAAAGGUUAGCAGAUCCUCGCCGACAUCCACCAGCAGCGCGAGACAGAAGAAGUUUCACAGGCACUUCAGUCAGUCUUCGAAAUUUCGCAAUCAGGUGGCAGAAGACGAGCGCGUACUGAAUUACUACAGCUGCGCACUGGUGGGCGACAUCCUGCUGCAGGGUCACCUGUACAUCACGCCCAACUACUUCGCCUUCUACAGCAACGUGUUCGGAUACGUGACGAAGCUGCUGAUACCGACGGUGUCGGUGCUGAAGAUCAGCAAGGAGAAGACGGCGCGCAUCAUACCGAACGCGGUGGCGGUCGCCACCGAGGAGGAACGCCACGUCUUCUGCUCGCUGCUCUCGCGCGACUCCACCUACAAGCUGAUGAAGCAGGUCUGGGAUGCGGCGAUGGAGCCGCAGGCGACGGUGGACGCGUUGCCGGCGCUCGACACAGACACCAAGCUCCUCGCGCCGGAUACGCUGUUGGUCGACGACUCCGAGGUAAACGCCGAGGAGGAUGAGUCGAGCAUGUCCGAGAGUGGUACUGAUCUCACGGCAGCCACCAGGUCGCCGACCGUCUGCCCCGACACGGAUGACGCUCCCAUGGCCCUCAGGCCGAGUUUGCCACCCACCAGGCUGGAGACAGCAGUAUUAACAAAGGCACUGACACCGAGUAAAUCCGACAGACUGGGAUCUCUGUUUACCAGUGGAUUGAAACCUGGCAUGGUGUUAGCGAUACUAGUGGCUCUCUUGGCAGUUCUUUACGUAUCGGCGGCUCUAAUGAUGAUGCGCAUUGACAGGUUGCAUACCGCUUAUUUAAACCACCCCCUUGUCUCGCCGGAACGCUUCACGCAAGAUCGGCUGUUGCACUAUCUUAACACAAAUCUGGAUCAAAUAGUGAAGGUGCGGCAGAGUCUGCAGACACUAUCGCAGCAGUUCGUGACGAUGAGCCAAGGUGGUAGCCAGACGGGACCGGCUGGCAGCGUGGUGGAACCGGAAGACGCGCCGAGUUAGCCCUCGACGAUGGGACUCGAUUUAAUUCAGCCAAAAAACAACACGAGGCCCCAUCGCCUCGCCGGCGCACGUAGCAUCGUCUCAUGAACGACGACGCUAUCGUCGUCGUCGUUGUCGUCGUCAUCAUUGUCUUCGUUGUCGCCGAACGCUACUCGUCGGCGACUGCGAGGGUCGAUCUCAACGCGUAAUUAACGCGCCGAUCGAUCCUCCGAAUAGGAGUUAUUGUCGUUUUAGUACCUAGACUUCCCCGGGAGUUUAAAGAGGCAGUCAUCUCGUAAAACGAGAGACCUCGGGCGCGUAUCCCGAGCACGAUUAUCUUUUUCAAUCGAAACUUUGAAGCGGACUUCGAGCACUUGCGCGAAGAACCGAAGCCGAGGCACUUACAGAUUACAGACUUUGUUUUAACAGAAACCUAUACAUAUAUGCGUAAAAAUACCUCAGACAUUUAUUAUAAACACAUAUGCACACGUACAUAUACACACAGAGAGAAAACGAAGGUAAUACGAAUGCAAGUGCACGGCGAGCGAAGGAGUUUCCGUUGUUUUUUUUUCUAAACUAGUCACGCGUGUACCUAAGUCUCGGGGUACUGACAAAAAUACAGAAUGAACAAAAAAUGGUAUAUGUAUAUAUACAUAUAGUAUAUAUAUACAGUUAUAUACAUAUAAAGUAUCUAUACAUACAGACAUAGAUUAACAAUGCAUAUUUCGCGAUUACUUGUUCGUUAAUUAUGUAUUUCGAGCUAGUCGGGCACUACUCUAUCACCGCUGCUACAUAUAUAUAAAAUAUAUUAAAAAACAUCGACACUAUAUUACAUAGCGUCACAAUUGGGUAAUCUUAUCUCGAUGUAGCGCGCAAAACACGUGCGCCAAGCGACGAUACUUCACUGUGACGAUGAAGUAUCUAUCGAAAUAUAAUAGAGGAGUUCGCUUUCCUUAUCCGCCAUUAGCUCUUUCAGUACCUGCCUUAAACCUGCAUUUAAUAAUGAUAUAAAAGUUUAAUAAAAAUAUUCUACGAUGUAUCCCUUGCUUCCGGCCACGAUGCUUCAGAUUUUCACGAAUCUCGAUGAGACUAUAAGGUUUAAUUUUUUUCGCUGUCACUAAACAAAACAACUAUUGGUGGAGACAAUUUGUGACAUUAUAUGUCAAAUAGCGAAACUACAGAUACAUAACCGUUAAAUAUUAUUGAAGUAAAGAGUAAAACAACUUCUUUAAAGUCUUAAAAUCGAUGGCCGGAUUCCUAAAAAGUAUACUUGUGGAUUCUCCUCUGUUAUUGCAAAAUAGAUUUUUUAAUUAGCAAGGUUUUUAGUUUCUUAAAAAAUAUUUCUUAAUUGAAGAAAAAUGUAACUUUCGUAGUUAUUUGUUGGUAAUUUUAAUUGUAACAUCAUUUAAGCGAUUCUCGAUGUCUUUACAGACCGUAGCGUAUAAACUAAACUAUAAUGCAUUGCAAAUAGAGAACAGGGGUUUUUGACAAAUUUAAAUGCGAGUUGAAAAGGACGAAGACUCUUGCCUAAAGAAUAGCGUUUGCAUAUUUGUAUCCCGCGACGAGCGUAAGGGAAUAUUUACUUAAUGACAGUUAAUGUUAAGCGAAUACACUAAUGAACGCCGGCUGUAAAAUUGCAUUGGAUUAACAAGAGGAAGGUGCUAACGUCCCUAUAUUUAAUUUGGUACUGAAAGGGUUAAAUUGCGCAGGUUAGAUGGAAUCGGAGAUAUGAGAGAAAAAGAGAGAGAGAGAGAGAGAGAGAGAGAAAGAGAAUUCGUUUUCUCUUGUGAGUGACUGUUCCCACUACACGCUCUCGAUUGUUUCUAGAAGUAACGACGGCGUAAAUUUUCUGGAUUCGAUCACGCGAGUUGUCUGUGUCGAAAGUGACAGAGUUUGUCAAAAUUUUGAGAAACCUGAAACAUAUAACGGCAUCGAUUUGUUGUGUCUCACUUAAUUCACUUAUUUAAUUUAUAUUGAUAAAAUAUUUUUUGACUGAAUUAACUUUAUUUAUUUGUUAGUGAUUUUAUUUAAUUAUACGCACACAUCUUAUGCUUAAGAUGUUGGAGAUUUGAAAAACACAACGGUAUCUAUGAUUAGAUAUAUUUUAUAAUUUUAUAAUUAUUUAUUUAUUCGCAAUCUUAAAAAGUUUUUUUUUUGGGAAGAAAAUUAUUUCUAGUCGAGCGAAUUUUUAUUUUAUAAAUUAUAUUAAUAAGAAAAUCAUAUUUGUUGAAGUUUCUCGGCAUAUAUAUAUAUAUAUAUAUAUAUAUAUAUAACUUUGAUUAAAUUCUGGUUAGAAGUAAAUGAAUUAAGUUAGACGCGUUUCGAAACUCGCCCCUCGCUGCACUUUUGAGACAAACGGCUCGCGCGCCGAAAGUGCGCGAAAUAUUUCAUUUACUCGAACAAAUUCCGAAAUCGUUGCACUUUCCGAUAAAACAAGGAAUGUUCAAAGGAAAAAAAAAACGUUAUUAUAUUUGCGGUUAUAUGGGAGAUGAAAGGGUGGAGAUUGACUGUGAUAAUAGGAUCGUGAAUGCAUGCUCAUGGAGCACGACCGCGUUUAUCUUUUUGUUGCGCGAAUCUUCGUUUCUGUGAACUAAAGAAACGAAUCGUUAUCUUUAAAGAGAACAAGAGAAAAUACAGGAAAUGCGGUUUGUAACAUGCGAUAGGCGACAUAGUGAGAUCUUUUUUUUGCUGGGGGAAGAAGGAAGGAAGCAACUGAUAAGCGCGAUCGUUCUCUCUUCGAGCUCAAUAUUGGAAUCUAAGAGAAGUGCUGUUAUAUUAAUUAGCUAUAUUUAUAAGAAUGUAAAGAAAGAGAAAAAUGAAGAAAAUUCUUUAAACGUUGUUUUCUACGUUGGUACAUUGUUUAACAAUUAAUUAUACUGAUGGGAUAUACUGAUGGAUAUACAAGCGGUAUUACUUUAAGUUUUGAUUUUUUAUUGGACCAUUACCAUUACUGUUACACUUCUAUUGAUCGACUAUCGAUUGACUACGUUAAAUACGUUAUUAUACUCUCGAAGAAAUCAGGCGAGAUAACAUAACUUAAAUGUACGUAAUCGAGUUGAUAACUUAUUUAUUCUCUUUUGAUUUUCUCUCGAAAAAAAUCAUGAAAACAUGAAACGGAACGAACAGUAUACCUUUCGCAUAUCCGAGCUCGAAAUCGCACGGAUUUAAUGUGUGACGAGAAGAAAUUCCAAGCCGACGCAAAAAAUUCCAAGCCGUACGCGAAUUAAUUCGGGCAUAAAGUAAAAACGUAUCGAUCGGCUACGUGUCGUUAUUAAUGACUCGUUAAGAGGCGGAAGCGUUCCAAUACUGAAAACGCGAGUACACGCACGAGAAGCAAACUUGUAAAUCGCUUUUCUGGAAAAACCUUCAAACUGGGAUUUUGCAUACCCGAUUUGUUGUGCAUUGUCACACGUGAUGAACCUUUGGAAUUUUUAACACGACCUUUCGAUUCACAUCGCAUACGUGGAGAGACUCGUCUUGCCAUCCGAGAUAAAGGAUAAUAAAAUAGAACUGAACCGAUUUCGAUUUCCGAUGUUCCGAUAAUAAUUGAACUGUCUAUUCAAGGAGAGGAAAGAAAAAUUAAGAUGAAUCAACAGCAAUAUAAUCUGCAAAUUAAAAUUUUAUUUCUUCGUAAAUUGAAAUUAGAAAUUUAAUUUCAGAAGCUAAAUAUUGUUGACUGUUUUAAAUUUAUUCAGUUAUUGUGGACGUAUCACUGGAAUGAGAUUGCUCUUUUUUAAACAUAAAUAUUUCAAUAACAACAAUAACUACAAAAACAUUUUAAAAUAUUUUUUUUAAUCUAGCAUUAUAGUAAAUAAAAAUAGAAAAAAUAAAUAUCUAAUUAAAGAUUGUUAAGAUUGUUAGACCAGUAUUCAUAGUUGAAUCUUCUAUUUAAGAGCGUCUUAAGUACUAUCUUAAGAUAUCAUCAACCAAUCGUACAGCUGUAUUACCAUCUUAAGACAUUACUUGAGACAAUCUUGAAAUAAGAUUUGAUUAUGAAUAUUGGUCUAAGUUUUGAGAAGUUUAAUUUAUAAAAUGUUUUGAACGUUUGACACCAAACAAAUAAAAGAAGAGAAAAUAAGUUUCUUAUUAUUCUUAUCAUAUUUUUUAUAAUUUGUUUCUUAUGUGGCGAUAAAUUGAACUUGACAGAGCAAUUUCACAUCGGAAAUCAACAGUGAUCGGUGUGAGAGAAAUUAGGAAAAGACGUUUUGUGAGGAUCGUAGCCAAUAAAUGCGACAGCCAAGUCCUGUGCCAAAUUUGGUAAAAAUUGAGUGAAAUAUCCUUAACGAAGACACGCUUGUUCCUGUCGAAUGUCGUGCGCUCGUA